AUGUUGUACUCAGAGGCUGCUCGCCAGCGCGACCUCCAGCGCUAUUAUCAGCCAUGGGUGGAUGCGGCACAAGACCUUGCUGAGGACUCGGACGGGGAGGCUAAAGGCCUCGUGUACAAAGGAUACCGUCCGAUCCCCUCCUUCGACAAAAGCUUGACUGCUUUUGCCCAGCUCAUCGUGCUGCGUUUGAAUGUAAAGCGCGCAAUGGUGUCGCUGAUAGACUCGACGCGACAAUACAUCCUCGCUGAAGCGACCAGAAGCCUUUCGCUCUCUAAUCAGAGUACCGACUCUGGCGACGAUCUCUGGCUCGGACAUGCCAUAAUAGCACGCAACGAGGCUGUUUGCCAUCACUCUUUAGAUUCAAAAUACCGGGCCGUGGACAGCAGAGGCGAAACUUACACUACAAAUGCCGCUAUCAUUCCCGAUUGCCGGCUUGAUCCACGCGUUUUGGACAAGGACUAUGUGCAAAGCGAGCCUGGCGUCCGCUUCUAUGCUGGUGUGCCAAUCACCACCAAGAAUGGUCAUCGCAUAGGCGUAUUUGCUGUUUCGGACGACAAGCCGCGCGAAGGUCUAAGCGCUGAGGAGGUCAGAUUUAUGGAGGAUAUCUCAGCAGCUGUCAUGGAACACCUGGAACUAGCCAAGGAGAGCGAUGAUCGUAGUAAAGGGGAACGCAUGGUCAGAGGGCUCACUGACUUCAUUGAGCGGUCGUCAACCGAAGAAGCCCGGAACAACACUACCACACGACAGACAACUUUGGAGAAGCAGACUGAAAAUGCUCGUCUCGAAGCUAUCACCGACGAAGACCCAUUGAACGAUGCUAUUCCAGUGGUCAAGGAACCACAAACUCAUCGCAAGCCCCAGAAUGAGCGUGAGACCGACAAGUCUCGAAUAUUUCAGCGAGCUGCACGUAUAAUUCGCCAGUCUACUCGCGCCGACGGCGUGAUCUUUUUCGACACGUCCCAAGCUCAAGGGACCAUUCCUUCCUUCCACGAGGCCUCCCCAACUGUUAGCACCGAUGAUUGCUCCUCGACCACUGCCGGCUCUACAACAACGUAUAGAAAGAAGAGGAAGGCAAAAGGUUAUAUGGCUACGAGCAAUGAUAUUCAUGAAGAAAACUUUGAAGCCAAUCCCGGCGACAGUCAUCAAUGUCCAGUCGUGGGCCUGUCUUUACGCUCUGCUGAGAUUGGUGUAACUGAGAAGGACUUCUCUUUUACCGAAGCAAACAUGGAGCGCUAUAUUGCGCGCUAUCCCCAGGGGAAAUUCUUCAACUUCGAUGAGGAAGGUUAUGGCAUUAAUUCCAGCGACGAAAAGUCCGAGAAGUCUGAAGCCGAGCAGUCAGAUAGGAUGGACACUUCGACCGCAACCAUCCGAAAGACGCGAACCACCAGGAAAGACCGUUUUAUCCCAACUGAGCUACUCAAGGUUCUCCCUUCAGUUAGAAGUCUGAUUUUUUUGCCAUUGUGGGACCCGACUUCUGAAAAAUGGGCAGCUUGUUCGUUUAUCUGGACUAUGGCCACAGGCCGAUUGAUGAAUUCCGAAAGCGAAUUCCCGUACCUGAAAGCUUUCGGAAAUACCAUCACAAGCGAAUUCGCCCGCUGGAAUGCGCAAAGGUCGGAUCGAGCCAAAACGACGUUCAUCGCUUCAAUAUCGCACGAGCUCCGGUCCCCACUCCAUGGUAUCUUGGGAUCCGUUGAAUUCUUGCGCGACAGUGUAUCGUCUCCAUACCAACAGUCGCUUGUCAGCUCCAUUGAAACAUGUGGAAGGACGCUUCUUGAUACUAUCGAUCAUGUUCUAGACUAUGCUAAAAUCAACAAGUUGCGAAGUGCGAAUGUAAAGCGAAAGCAGAAAGGUGGAAGACGAAGCAGGCUCCCAGCUGACAAUUCGAUCCUUGGUGUCACAACCGUUUUCGAUCUAUCUCAGCUUGUUGAAGAGGUCUGUGAUACGGUAUGUGCAGGCCACCACUUUAGGACUCAUGAUAUCCACCACUCCACAUUCCAUGAUCAGGGAUCGCGCUCCAGGGCGAACAGCAAUGCUAGUGCAAACGCGGGAGAAGUGAACUAUUCAAAUGUACGCACCAAAGAUCGAGUUAUUGUGACGUUAAGCGUAGCUCCUUUCGUACAGUGGAUCGUCAAAUCCCAGCCAGGCGCUUUGCGUCGUGUCGUAAUGAACUUGCUCGGGAAUGCACUCAAGUACACCGAUGCCGGCUUCAUCACGGUUUCACUGGAGCAGGACACAGAAAAGAGUACUGCGCAAUUUGUCGAGUUCACAAUAAUCGUUGAAGACUCUGGCAAAGGAAUGUCUACCGAAUUCCAAAACACAAGGCUGUUCACCGCUUUCAGCCAAGAAGAUCCAUUUUCCAACGGCACUGGUUUGGGUCUCAGUAUCGUCAAGCAGAUUGUGGAGUCCCUCAGAGGCGAAGUAGGCGUUGAGAGUUUUCCUGGGGUAGGGACUAAGAUAUGCGUCAGUAUGAAGCUGCCAGCCGGAAACGUCGAAGACGCUCGCGUUCGGACGCACCAGACGCUCUUGGAGAGACCGAAAGAACUAGAGGGUAAAUCUGCAAGCAUGGUGUUGCCUGACAUCUCUCUCGGGGGCGCUGGUGAGAAGCUGAGAUCCGCGAUGGUGAAGGCUUGUCAGAACGUGAAUAUCAACGCUUAUGAGACUUUCGAGUCUGACAAGCAACCGGACUUCCUUAUUACCGAACCUGACACUUUGUUGCGUAUGCUGAGGGAGAACGAGUCGAAAGACCCCAGUAAACCAGCCCUUGCUGUCGUCUGUGUUUGUACGGAUGCAGCGGAGAAGAUCUGCACCGAGAAUCAUCUUCAAGAAGAGUUCCCAUACCAUGGGUGGAUAAUUGAGGUUGUUGCUCAACCAUGCGGUCCACGGCGACUUACAGACUUGCUUCUCGACGGUCUGAACCGUGCUUCUCAACCUGUCGGACACCUCGACAUCCGUACCCACCACGAUCAAAACAAGGCGAUAAACCAGGCUCCACCUUUUUCUUCUAUGGUCACCGUGCACCGGAGUAAUAGCGACCUUGUCCGUGGCAGCAACCAGGUGCCCUUCGCCGUGGCCGGUGCUCAUUCUCCCCUGAUCGCAACAAGCAUGCCCAGCGACAAUGAAGCACCAUCAGCACAGGGACAAAUAGCAUAUACGCCCGCCAGCGAAGGCCCAUACGAAUACUUUACCCCGAGCGUUCUCCUUGUCGACGACAACGCCAUUAAUCUUAAACUUCUCGUCGUUUUCGCGCAGCGCCAGAAUUACCGUUACGCAGAAGCCGUCAACGGCCUGCAAGCUUUACAAACAUACAAGAACGAAGCCCUCUCAACCACACCACCUAGCAAACCCUUCGAAUUCAUCCUCAUGGACUUGAGUAUGCCGAUUAUGGGCGGAUUGGAGUCUACCAGGAACAUCAGGCAAUUCGAGCAAGAGCAGGGGUUAACGCCGAGUACGAUAGUGGCGCUGACCGGCCUAGCGAGCGCGCAGGAUCAACAAGAAGCAAUAGAUUCGGGGAUUGAUAUGUAUUUAGUCAAGCCGGUGAAGUUUGGGGAUAUCAAGAGGAUCUUUGGAGCUAGAUGA